GAAGCUGUCAAAUUGCGCCCAUCAUUCGUUUAGUGCCGUUUUGUGGUAGAAUAUCCAUUCUGAUGCGAAAAGUAAAAUUCUAUCGGGUUCUAUAGAAAACAUAAUUCAAUAUCGGAAGUUUGCAAUAGGAAUUUGACGGAAAUCCGGAUCAGCUGCUUAUGCGAAUGAUUGUGUUUUCUGGCUAGUGGAGAAUGCCUUGAGUGACAAGCAAUCACCAUACACAUACGUGUACCUUCGACGGUGGUGACGAAGGGGGAAAAUUGAAAGCUACUCUUUGCUUUUUAGUGGAAAAACUGCGGCGGUCGCAUUAUUUCUUUGUGCAAUGUUGAUUAAAUGAUACGGAAAACGCGGAUUCUUCUUGGUGUUUCACUGUUCAGUGGAUGACGCGUGCCUCGAUACCAUAAAACGAGUGAUCUCCUCCGAAAUUAUGAAACCCGUUCCCGGCUGCACCUACUGCACUUUGCUGGCGGUUUCGUUGGUGUCCUGUGGUCUUCUAUUUGUACUAGUGGCAUCAGAAUCUACGAAACCACAUGAGCAUCAGGGCAGCUCCGAAGAAUUUUUCAAAUCGCAACAAGAUGAGCAAUUAAAAUUAUCAGUUGUCCCUAAUUCAAACAUCGAUGAUCGAAGACGAGAGAAGGAAGGUUUGUUGGAACCUUCCGAAAACCCUCCAUUACCGGAAACUCAUAGUGCCCAGAGAUUUCGACAUGCCCAUACAGUCAGUGGUGAUUUAGCCGUUGAAGAAGUCUUGAAAAGUGUGAACAAUGUGGGGGUCUCGAGUAAACGAAAGAAGCGAUUGGGGGGCGCUUCAAAGAAGACAAGCUUUCGGAAGAAGGAUAUUCUAACCCAGCAAUCUACUACGGUAGCGGCAGAUGAGCCACCGGAUCUGAAGGAAGUUAUCUUUCUGGAAACCAUUUCGAAGAAUGCUGUUGUCACCAAUAGUGGAUUACAGGAUAUCCCUGGUACGCCGUCGGUGAUCACGCUAGUGGAUCAUCAACACAGCGAACUCAACAUCGAGUCCAAGCUCGAAGAAAACAUCGAGGCUACGCUGAAAAAUAUAAGCCAUCAACUUAUGGACCACGGUGUGGACGUUCAGGAAGACAUCGCUACACCGGAGGGUACCCACAAUCAACCGGAAGCUGACUCGGUUCCGCUUCAUCCGGAUGAUAAGAUAGAUGACUCGGGGGGAGGAGUUGGAGAUCAGCAGCAAACGGAAGGUGUGAUAAUUGAUGUCGAAGCUGAUGUUCAGAAUAUCACCAGCGAGGGUGCCGAGGUUAAUCUGACCGAGGAGAAUCCUAUGCCCGUGUUUUCCGAAUGGGCCCAGAAGCAAAUGGCGGAAGCUGAGAAAAAGUUGGGUGAAAAUGUGAAUGCCUCGGCCAUGAAGCGCAACUCGAAACCGACGAGCAGUAAAAUGCCUUCAUUGAAACCACGAGCGAAAAAUUACGCUGCCCCGGAUUGUGGGGCAAAGAUUAUAGCUUCUAACCCGGAAGCGCAGAGCACCGGUUCCGUGUUAACGGCCCACAAGGAUGAAUAUUUGCUAAAUCCUUGCACCAGCAAAAUAUGGUUCGUGGUGGAACUUUGUGAACCGAUUCAGGCCGAGCGCGUAGAGCUGGCUAAUUUUGAGCUUUUUUCUUCGUCGCCAAAGGAGUUUUCCGUUUCGGUUAGCAACCGAUUCCCAACGAGAGAGUGGUCCAACGUUGGCCAAUUUGUGGCCAAAGACGAACGAGAUGUGCAGAGCUUCAACUUGCAUCCACAUUUGUUCGGGAAGUUUGUUCGUGUUGAAAUUCAUUCACAUUACAACUCCGAACACUACUGUCCAGUUUCCUUAUUCAGGGUUUAUGGAACCUCAGAAUUUGAAGCAUUCGAAACAGAUAACACACCUUCUCUCGGAGAGGAUGGUGAGGACGACGAAGAAGAAAUUACAGCUACCGGCCAGGAAGGGGACUUGAAAAAAGAACUUACCCAAGAAGAGCAAGAUUCAAAAACAAAACAGGGAAAAAAUCCAAACAAUAUUCUUAAAUCAGCCGGUGAAGCCGUUAUGAAUAUUGUCAAAAAGGCUGCGGAAGCCCUCGGCAAGGGUAAUGAACCCGGUCGGUUUGACUCAAAUACACUCUCUCACGAGUCUUUUCUGUACAAUGUAAAAUGCUUCACCGUUAGUUAUCAACCACUGUGCAUUUCUUGCUCACCAGAAGUCAGAGAACGAUUGGAGAUGAUUUUACGAUGCCAGCACAAUAUUGUUAGUACUUUACUGAACGAUAAUCAAAUUAUCCGCUCAUCUUUUGAGAAAAGUCAGCGUAUCCUAUGUGCCAAUUUCUUAGGUUUUCAAUUUGAUGAUACGAAUGAAGAUAGAAACAUCAAUAGCAACGAUAGUAUCCUCAAUUGGUUUCCACCAGAAUACCAAGCAGCAUUUUGCAACAUCAGGGCUUACGAGAAAGGUUUAAUUAAACCCAUUCAGCGAGAUUCUGAAAAAACUACUGCAACAGUUGAACAACCCACGGAUAAAACCGAACCCCUUCAAAACACCCCUGAUAGAUCAUCAUCUGAAGUUAAACUCCUAGGUGAUGAAAAUCAACCAAACACAGUUCAACCGCAACCUCCAGAUGAUACCAAACCCCUUUCUCCUCCGGAAGAUGUAAAUAUUUUCAACCUACCGGAAGAGGCCCGCGUGGAAGGACAGACUACAAUGGGCGAAAAGAAACCCAGUGACAGCAGCACAGCUCCCUCUGUCCCUCCCUCCGGCUCCGGAGACGAAAUCGACCAGCAAGACCCAACCGGUGGAAGUUUGCUAUCGAACGGCAGCGGUGUGGAAGAUAUCGACGAAAUGCUGCUGCUUGGGGGGCAAUCCUCACCUUCGUCGGCCGAAGAUCUGGGUGUGAUUCCCGGGGGUAUACCGACGCUGACCAGCACAACCAGUACCACGCCGAUGCCGCCGGGAGUGGCCGUUCCUCCUGCCAGUGGGGGGACCCCACCGGGACAGAAGGGCCAACCGGAAAGCGUGUUUUUGCGGCUAUCGAAUAGAAUUAAGGCACUGGAACGUAACAUGAGCCUGUCCGGGCAAUACCUAGAGGAGCUAAGCCGGCGCUACCGGAAACAGGUCGAAGAGCUGCAAACAUCGUACGCCAAAACGCUGCAUGACAUUGACGAACAAAACCGGCGGAUGCGCGACAGUGAGCUGAUGCUUCGCGCGGAAAACGAACGCCUGCGAGAGGAUUUCGUCAGCUUUCGGGAAGCCGUACUUGGCUGGAGAAAUCUGUUCAUUGGCCUGGCAAGUUUCACAUUGGUACAGAUUGUGAUUGUGUGCACAGUUUUGCGAAGCUGUAGAAGAACUGUUACGCAGUGUGAUCGUGAAGGGAUCGAAAAAGAAUUAGCACAGUUGAGCACUAGUGGUCAACCUGUGAAGAAGACAAUGCUAAGACGAAAAUCCAUCGAUGGAAUAAUUGGGGUGGGUCAACCAGUAGCAGAUGCUUUGAGGAAAAAGCGUCCCAGUGAGGAAGCAUUGAAUAUCACUGGAACUUAUGAAAAUCUGCUCAUUAACGAAGGCGGAGGGGACGGUGCGAAACCAUCGGAUCGGAAGAAAAGUCGUAAUAAACAUAGGAAAGUAUCUGCUCAUUCGAUGACUGCACAACACAAUGGGAGCGGAUCUACGAAACGAGCUGCCUCGGUAGAGGCUCCCACUUAUGGAAGGCCAGCAAAAACUGAUCUCUUCAGGACUGAUUCAGCUCCCGAACCAAGAAGACAACCUAUCGAAGAUUCUGUCCCGGACGAAACUUCCCGUAUCGAAGAUAUACCCAUCCUUGAAGAUAACGAUGAGUUUAUAAUCCCAUCGGCUUCGGACUUAUCUUACAAUGAAUUCGUCCCGGAUUCCACAUCCGAAACAGUCAAAACGAACGGUCUCCUUUCUUCGUCCUCUUCAAUCGAUUCCAGAUCAACGACGGCUGGCAAAUCGGGCAAGGGACGUCGUCUAUCGUCGCCUGCAUUUUUCAAAUCCUCGCUCCUGCGGUCAAGCAUCAACCGCAAAUCGACCGGGAAGUCCUCCGGUAGCAACAAAAAGUCCUCUCCCAGCCAAAACGUAAGCAGUGCCAGUAGUAACACCAGUAGUAGUGCUAAUAGUAGCGUUAAAAUCGACACUAACCUUCACCCAACCAUCAACAGCAUCACCAAUAAUAGUAGCUUCAACGAAUCGCUGGAGCCACCGGUCGAUUCAAACGAAAACAAAUCAAGCAACGGCUGGGAGUGGUACCGGCUGAAAAAGUCCUCUAGUCAAGACAAGUUCGCUAAGCGUAAAGCGAAAUCCGUCAGUCCCGAGACGGAAAUACUGUUGGCGGCGAAAAACGGGACCACCGCAGACCGCCACGACCUGGAUGCUGCUGCUGGGGUUCGAUUGAAGUCGUCGGUAUCGUACAAUGGCAGCAGUUCCAGUUCCAGUGAGCGCAGCAAACUUACCGCUGGUGGAUCCUCCGGGGGAAGCUUCCGGCGCCUGUUCCGUAAGGUUUUCUAGUUUUCCUGCUGCUGCUGCAACAGGCUGGCUACAGCGCCGAGGCCAAGACGUGUUCAUAGUAAAAGAGAGUGUUGAAGAGAGUGGGAUACGAAAACAAUAGUCAUUUGUUCUGUUCUACGACUUUUGGGGGGCAUAUUGCUAUAAGUACAUGAGACUGACUGAUAGAAAUAGAUCACGAGAAAAGGGAAACUUUUAAAGCGCAUGAACGCAUGGAGUAUGCCAGGUAUUGCAUAACGUUUAGGAAGUGUUUUUUUUUGUUUUUUAGUUAGAAAUUGUAUAGGAAGUAUAUUGGAAUAUAGUCUCUUCAUUUACAAAUAAAAAUAAAAUUAUUAAAUCGAUAAAUUAGAUAAAGCGUGUUGCUAUCGCACUGUGCAUCCGGCUUACACCAGUUGUUGAGAAUUUUGACGUAGAUGUUAUCUUCAUGAUUGGCCGUAUCUAUUUGUGUUCUUUCUUUGAAGCCUUUUGAAAAGAGUGCAAAAUUUGAACCAAAAAAAUCUACCGUAUUUCAAGCCUCAUCGCAAAAUUAUUUUCGACCGUUUUAAAACCAAAGUAUCGAUUGUCAAAAGUAAAACAAAUUAUCAGUGAACGAUAGCAACCGAAAAAUAAGCGUUAUGUUUUAGUUUUACUAUACCUUAACUUAACUCCAAGCAUUUAAUCGUUGAUAUUCACCGCAUUGUAGAAUGAACGCAUGAAUCUUAAACAAAAUCAUACACACAUACACUAUGAGUGUCUGUCAAGGUUGCCUCCGCAUUUGCUAAAAGCAUGUUAUAGGCACCGAUAAAACCGUAAUGAGAAAGGUAGUUUUAUGCUCUUUCAUCAUCAGCUCGCGUUUUUUUUUCUUGUGAAGGUUAUGUUUUUUAGAUAACAAAGAUUUUUCAGAUAUCCAUUCAAACAGAACAGAACUUCAUAUAUAUCCAAGCAGAUUUACGAUCCUAGUUUUUGAGUAUGAAUGCUUUCAAAUUUGAGGUUUUUUUAUUCACUGUCAAAACCUCACAAUUUAAGCAAGUUAUGCAACUUUCUCAUCAAGGUCCUUUAAGAGAAUUUUAUCCACUUAAACCGUACUUUUGUCUCAUGAAUCAAUUAGUUUUUAUUAUUCCACAGCGAAUUUAUUUAAAACCUCUUUCGUAAUUAACGGCAUCUUCGGUUGAGCGAGCUAAUGAUGAAUAUUUUCUGUUCUAUUGUCAUUAAUGUAAGGCAGGAAAAUGCAGAGCAAGUUCACAUCGUAGAAGUUAACAGUUGCUGCGCAAAACUGGCUUUAAACUUUGGAGAAAACAAAAA